AUGGGCUCGUACACUGAAAAGUAUCUUCAUAAAUUUAGUACCAUUGUGGAGAUCUGGCUCGUCAUGUUCUUCGGCGUGGAGUACCUCGUCCGCCUCUGGUCCGCAGGCUGCCGCUCCAAGUACAUGGGCUUCUGCGGCCGUCUGCGCUUCAUCAGGAAGCCCAUCUGCAUCAUCGACCUGAUCGUGGUGGUGGCGUCCAUCGUGGUGCUCUCGGUGGGCUCCAACGGCCAGGUGUUUGCGACGUCAGCCAUUCGGGGGAUCCGGUUCUUGCAGAUCCUGCGAAUGCUGCACGUCGACAGACAAGGCGGCACCUGGAGGCUCCUAGGCUCUGUCGUGUUCAUCCACAGGCAG